GUUGCGUUCCAGUCAGCGAAAAUGACACAUGCCACCAGCACCGAGAUCUCGCCGAGCGGCGUCCAUGUGAAGCUCUCGCCCGCGUGGAGCGCGGAGCUCAGCACCUUGCUCCCCCUCAUUUUGACGUACGCUGGGUCCGCUACUGACGUCUACCGCAGCCCAGUCUAUGUGUGCAAGGAGUGGCUCGCAGCCGCAGACUCGAGCGAGUACUGGCUAGGCGUCGCCGCGUCGCUUCUGAAUGGCAACGACACGUCACGUCUGGUCGCAACAGCUACGUCGCCCAAGCGCUUCGUCAUCGACUAUCUUUCAGAGCAGCUCAAGUCGACGGAAUGGGACGUCGACCGCAAUUUGGUGGUUGAGUACCGCGACAACACCAGCGACGACAUGACGAGCCCCGAGGGUCCACACUGCCACAACCUCGUUGGCUCGCGCGCGCCUCCUUGCAUUCAGCGCUGCUAUGCGUCGUCGCACUUUUGGUGCCGCCUCGCACAGACCUUUCCGAAACCUCCGUCGUCGCUGCCAUUUCUGCAGAUCCAGCUCUGCACUGCUCCGCGCUUCGACCAAAACGUACGCUGGCAGCUAAUUCUACGCAGCCAUCCAUCCACCACCGUCCUCUUUGUCGAGGAUUUUUAUCACGCGGCGGGGAUCCUGUGGAGUCACACCACGCGCUGCGUGAGCCUCGAGGACGUCGAAGCCAUGGACACCCACCUCGUUCUUGAGUGGCUCGGACGCGACACGUCGUCGUGGGCAGGACACUACGGCGCAAAGGUCGCAAACAUAUCGGCCAAGUACCUUGUGCAUCCCGUGCCCGAUGCCACCGUCGUUCUCAACUACUAAGCCUCUAAGCUUCGCUGUCCAAGCCCCAAGAGGGUGAAGAUGCUCGAAUUAGCUAUCUACUAGAGUACUCGUACCGCCCUACUAGUAUGCAUCAAAAUGUGCUUGUACCUCUUGGCUACGUCA